GUUAAGAUUCUGUGAGUCUUAGAUUGAGUCAGUAGGUGUGUCAGUCAGGGGUUGACGUCUACGUGGUGAGGUUUGGAACCACUAACCCGGUUGUACACUUAUCACCAUGGUUGAGACCCGUAGUGGGAAGGAGACUAGCCCCUACACCACUGAGCAGCAAGAAAAGAUGGCCGCCUUAGUCAGAGAGAGUAAGGAGAAGAAAGAGCGUGAAAAGCAAGCCAAGCUAAAGGCUAUCGCAGAGGAGCAGGCGGCGAAGAUGAAGAGAUUGGAGGAGGAGAUGAAGAGGGUACAACAGGAGGAGGAAGAAAGAAGGAAGGCUGCUGAAGCAGAAGCGGCAACAGAAGAAGAGAAAGAAAGGAUGAGAAUUGAGAGUGGGGGAGGAAGUAGUGGUGGCACGAUGAAGUGGGAGACAGAUACUGAGCUGGAGAAGAAGAUCAACGAGUGGGUCGCUAAUUUAUCGUUGGGGGAAGACGAGGAGGCGGAGUCCUAUGUGACUAAGGAUGAGAAGGUUGCGCUGGCCGCUGAGCUAGCAGCCAUGACAAACCCAAUGGAACGAAGAGAGAGGGAAGACGAACAAAAGUUAGCAUGGAAGUUGAGAAUGAAGAGGGAGAAGAAGAGGAGGAGAGAGGAAGUGAAUAAGAUGACCGCCGCAGUGGCAAAGGUUGCAGACCCGUCCUUGCCAUUUGUCGUCACGACGGACGCGAGUCAGUAUGGGAUAGGCGCCGUGUUGCAGCAAGACGACGGCAAUGGCUAUAGACCCGUAGAGUUCAUGUUCGCAAGGGUGCCUUGUGAGAAAGUCGCUACCUCCACGUACAAAGGAGAACUCUAUGCCCUCAGGCAGACUUUAGACCAUUGGAAGCACUACCUUCUUGGGAGGCACUUCAAAGUCUACUCGGACCAUGAAACACUUAGAUGGUUGAAGACCCAGGCCAAGAUGAYACCUAAGUUGACYAGGUGGGCCGCAGAGAUAGACCAAUUCGACUUUGAGCUCAAGCCAAUGAAGGGCAAGUACAAUGUAGUGGCGGAUGCUCUAAGUAGGAGAUGAGACUACUUUGGAGCCGUAGUACAUUAUCUGGAUAUAGGGAGAGACUUGCAGGAGUAAGUGAAACAAGCGUAUACGCAGGACCCUAUCUAUAGC